AUGAGGAUAUCCAACUUCUUGGGGCUGUCGUUAUGGAUCGCGGAGGCCACUGCUGCUCAUGGAAAUCUUCGCCAUGCUUAUCUCCAUGAUAAGCACCACAGCUCUUCAUCGACAACAUCUGUGACUACACGACCAACAUUGCCAGCACCAGCAAAACAUGUCCUUACGCGACGAGCGCCCGAGAAUGAUGAUUAUACCUGUGGCCCAAACAAACCAUGUAAAAACAAGGCAUGCUGCGGCAAAAACAAUGUCUGCGGAUUUGGUGACCUCUACUGCGGUGAUGGAUGCCAGUCGCAUUGUGACGCCAAAGCCGAAUGUGGUCGUGAUGCAGCAAUACCAGGGCAAACCUGUCCAUUGAACAUCUGUUGCAGUGAAUUCGGAUUCUGCGGUACAACCUCCGAAUUUUGUGGCUCUGGCUGUCAGUCCAACUGCAAAGACCCAAAUCGUCCAACCGGAGGAAGCAGUAGCGAUGUGCGAAACAAGAUCAUUGGAUACUAUGAAUCAUGGAGGGCUGUCGGCCAGAAGUGUGGCAUGAUGACACCCGAAGAAAUCCCCGUUGAAUACUUGGACCAAGUCAACAUGGCAUUUGUCUAUAUUGACCCCGAUGACUACCAUAUCAUUGCUAUGGAUGAUGAGCCCUUCGCCACUGACCUGUAUAAGCGUGUGGCCAAUAUCAAGACCCGCAACCCCAGUGCGGAGGUUUGGGUCAGUGUCGGUGGAUGGACAUUCAACGAUCCCGGAACUUAUCAGUCGGUGUUUAGCACAAUCGCGUCUGACAAAGACAAAACGAACAAAUUUGCCGGACAUCUCAUGGAGUUCAUGGACAAAUACGGCUUUGACGGUGUUGAUCUCGACUGGGAAUAUCCCGGUGCAGAUGAUCGCGGCGGCAAGGACGAAGACGUAAAGAACUAUGUAUCCAUGAUGAAAAUCUUGAAGAAGAAUCUGAAGAGCGGAAACGAUUACUCUAAGAAAUGGGGUAUUUCCAUCACGGUGCCAACUUCUUACUGGUAUUUGCGCUGGUUUGACAUCGAAGGUUUGGAAAGUCAGAUUGACACAUUUAAUCUUAUGGCAUAUGAUCUUCACGGUACCUGGGAUAGUGAUGACCCGAUUGGUCCAUAUGUCUAUGCGCACACCAACCUGACGGAGAUUGAGAUGGCGCUGGACCUUUUCUGGCGUAGCAACAUCAAUCCCAGCAAGAUUGUCCUAGGUCUCGCAUUUUAUGGCCGUACAUACGAGCUGUCCACUCCGCUGUGUGCUACAUCCGGAUGUGAAUGGAAGAAUCCCGGCCCCAAGGGCAAGUGUACUGGCACGGCGGGUAUCCUUUCUUAUAGUGAGAUCAAAGACAUCAUGUCCGACAGCAACAUUAACCCGACAUACGACGAAGAUGCAGGUGUGUAUUACAUGACGUAUGGAAAAGGUGGUGCGAACUGGGCCUCCUUUGACGACGCUGUCUCCUUCCAGGCCAAGAUCGAGUUAGCCAACUCUUUUGGUCUCGGUGGAGUCUUGGUCUGGGCAAUUGACCAAGAUGAUAAGUUCUAUAAUGCCUUGCGUGGUGUCACGGGUAAAGAUGUCGAGCCAGCGAUCGAUCCCCAGGAGGGAUAUGGCGCGUUUACCCUUGAUCAGUGCUAUAUCACCAAUUGCGGUGAAUCGUGCACCAAAGGCGAUGUGCUCAUGACCAAGCUCAAUGAGGACGAAAGUGGCCGUGGUUGCUCUGGAAAAGACCACAACGCUAGAUCCUUCUGUUGCCCGGCAGUAAAUGCACCCGAUUCAUCCGACUGUUACUGGACAGGUGGGCCGGUCAAUUGCCAUGGUCAAUGUGCUGCCGGCGAAGUUACAAUGGUCUUGGACGACUGGGGCAACAGUAAAAAGCGAUGCACUAACGGAGGAAAGAAAGCUUGGUGCUGUCCCGCAACCAACGGACAAAAAGCGAUCCAGGAGUGCGAACUGGCAACCCCCAAUAAAGACUGUCCCAGCGAUAAGCCCCAGGAAAUGACGUCUGUCUAUUGGUCAGCUGACGUAGGCCUUGGAUAUGAGCUCAGCUAUGAGCAGAAGUUCUGCUGUCCUGAAAAACCCGCAUAUGACUCCAACAAGUGUGGAUGGCAUGGAGAGAAUCACUACUGCAAUGACAGCGAAUGCCCAGUUGGUCAGGUUGAGCUGUUUAGAUGGCAUGGAUCUCAUUCGGGCCCUCCUAAGUCUGCCAAGGGGUGCAACAAAGGACGCCAACAAGCUUUCUGUUGUCCUCCCCCACUUAGCGAUGGGUCUGCAUUUUUGCCAGUACCUCUAGAGAAUCUCUUCCCGACGGGAGAUUCUUUCUCUGAUAGUGUCACAACCACAUUUUCAGAAGCUUUUGACGAAAAUUCAGACGAGACUUCGUUUGGUGUCUCUGGGACUGAUCCAAACAAAAAAGCCUUUGCUUGGACCAUCAUAGUCGGUGAAGAAGAGGAUGUACAGAGCUUUGUGAAGCGGGACGGUUCUCACCUCGAACUCUUCGAAUGCCCGGACACCCACGAGGAUGAUUUUGAUGUGCAGAAAGCCAAAGCUGUCUGUGUGGGCGGGUCAGAAGAAAACAACAAUUGCGAGGAUAUCCUUAAAGGAGGCGUCGAGGGCACCGUUGUUCGCCUACCCGCACACUGUGGACCAGAUGACUGGGUGCGUGCAGUAAGGUUUGAACGUUCAAUGAACCAGACACUACCAGGCCAUUUGCAGAAGCGGCAUCCUUCAGCAAGAAACGUAUACGACUUCCACUACGAUUACAACUUCCAACAGUUGCGUCGUGAUGGUGGUGAGGUCUAUUUCCGUACCGAUUUUUCCACUCACCCAGGAUACUGGGAUGAGGUUGUUGCCGCUUCCCAUGAUUCUUCUCUCACGAAACGAUCAGCUGAGAACUGGCGUGAAUUGGAUCGCCGCUUUUGGGCCGAAAAUGACAAAGAAAGCUGGCUGAAGCGCUUCAACGAUCUUUUAACUCAGGGAGACACGGGUUUGAAGAAGCACUAUGAAUUCAAUCAGUGUCUGUUUCAUAGUGAGGCGAAAUGUGCAAACGCUCAAGCGGACACAUCGGCCUUUUUGUAUGGAGAGCUCAACACCACCAUGGACUUUGGCACCACUCUCAUUGGUAAACUGCGCAACUUCCAGUUCACUGAAGCUUUCUCUUUCUUCAAUCAAGAAGGAUUCUCGAUGAGAGCUGGCGCGGGUAUCCGGGCCCAGGCUCGCUUAUAUUUUGACAGUGGGUGGCACUCUAUCGGUGAAUUCGAUGCCUUCGGAAUGGAUCUAAACCUCAAGGGUAUCUUUUCUAUCAAACCGUACUUCGCGGUGGAUGCACGGGUGGAAGCGGACGCGUACUUGUCGACUCAAGCCACUGUCGAGAUGAAAAUAUCUCAUGACCGGUUCCGAUAUUACCUCCCGGAUAGUCUUGGAAGCAAUCCUACUCAGAUCACUGGAUCGUAUAAUCUCGACACAACCACAGGUCCAAUUUCAGGUUUUGGAAACAUCGAUGCUCGAGCUGGUGGUGGUAUUGUCUUCGGAUUCAAGCCCAAAAUCGCGAUGGACAUUGACCUACAAUUCCGCGGCUCGCAAUAUGUCAACACGUCCGUCGAACUCAGCACACCAGGUUCCAUCCGGAUUGAUGCGGCUCUGGCUUCCGGGUGUAGCAACGGAAUGCAAUUCGAUGUCACUGGCCAAAUGGACGUGGACUUUGCUGUAAAGAACGGACUCCCUGGAUGGUCGAGUAAGUCGUAUACCUUCAAGGACAACCCAGCGAAGAAAAUCUACUCGGGUUGUGUGCCAUUUAGUGUGUUGGCGAAGCGGGAGCUCGAAGCCGGUAACGGCCCAGAGUUGACAUCCCGGAGUACAACCGGCUCCGACUUGACACUCCCCAAACAAUCGAACAACCUGUGCGCCUUUUCAACAAACGGUAUUUAUUGCGCUGAUCCUGAAGAAAAUGAUGAUCCCUCUCCCAAUUGUGACCUCAAUGAUCUGUCCUACUUGAAUGACAGCGACGAUGACGGGGAUGCAACUCUCACUCGUCGCGGACAUCUGGAGAAACGCAGCAAAAAGGAACUGGAUUACUGCUAUGGGAAAACGGAGGCCGAGGGACUUGGAUACCAGGGCUUCGGCACUGGCGCAGCCUCUUAUAGUACCAUUCAUUUCAGCGACUAUCCUUCGUCUACUGAGCUUGUGGAGGACUAUGAUUCCAACGCGCCUACAUAUGACAAUGCAGAUCCCCAAGACUGCAACAAUUUCGAGCUGGUCAAGCUGGAUAAAACUCCUCAGAAGCCUUAUCCUUCUAAGGAAGAAAAGAAAAAGGGUGCGCGGGAGUAUCACAGCGAGCAUGUUUUGGAAGCUCAAACAGUACAACGCUUCUUCAAUGCUCUGGGCAUGGCAUGGUCUAACCUCAAAAAAGGGCCCCAAAAUCCAAAUGCCAAGCUGUAUCAAACCCCCAAGAAAGGCGACACAGAGACAAUCCCCUGGUGCGCUUAUAUGAAACUAUGGUGGAACCUGAGAAGAAAUGACAAUGCCAACAACAUGCUGGGAAGCGUAUACCCUGGCUAUGAUGGUCAUUAUACAGACGAGUUUGUCUUGUACGAAAGCGCACUGAAUAGUAAAGUCAAACAAGGGUGGUUUUCUGGAAACCAGCUCACCGGAGCAAGCAAGAUUGACAAACAGAUCGACAAGGGGGAAUGGAGUGAAGUUGCAAAGACUUUGAAAUUGCACAUUGUGGCCUGGAAGUACUAUUAUGUUGAUGAAAUCAAGAACACACUUGUGAAGCAAGCAGACCGCGUCGAGGAUGCACUGCGCGAGUUAGAAGGAACGGGAGAACAUAGCAUUCAUGCUAAGGUUGGCGACAAUGACGGAGAUUAUGAUAAAGACUACAUUCCUCAGAACCUAGCAGCUCAUUGGAGAUCCUGGGUCCAAGAGGAACAUGAGCGCGUACAACUUGAAGUUAGGAGAUUUCUUAACAAAUAUGCGAAGAAGGCAUAUGAUCUCAAUCGACCAGAGCCGGAUGAUAAUGAUGAUGCCAUGAUCGAUCCAGGACAGGCCAUCCAGAAAAACGCAGACAUCGUGAAAAUUUUUGAGACUGCCUGGUCAGAAGUUCAGAAACUGGAAACCUGGACUAUCCCCUGGGAUGGUGACUCUAUGGAUACCAGCGAUUGA